CCUAUGGAUCUAUGACAAUAGCUCUCUUGAAGGAGGAACUAAGGAGGCGAAACGCCAAAACAUCUGGCAGAAAAAAGGAACUCGUCGAGAGACUUGAGUGCUACGACAGAAAUUUUAAUUUCGGCCAAGGAUGUGAUUUGGAGGAGUCCGAGGAGGUGUAUACUUUUUCUAUGCCCAACUUGUCAACAUACAAGGACGUAAAUAGAGACAGCCAGAUUCCACAUGUAACAAAUGACACCCUGAAGGCCUUCAUACAACAGUUUGGGAAGUCUGAAGAUGGCAAGCCAGAGGCGAUGUAUCGGGACAGGUUUCUUCUCUCAUUGCGUCACAGCAGCGAGGGUGACCAUAUAUACAUAGCAGCUAGAGUUGCAGCAGAAAUGAAGAAGACGUUGGUAUACAAAGUAGAUGUAAAGUUAGACAAGUAUGGGGUAGUGCAGGAAACUCAGUGUGAGUGUUCUGUUGGUAUUGGCCCUAAUGCUCACUGUAAGCAUGUCGGUCUGGCUCUGUUUGCCCUUACUAAACAAAAAGAAGGGGUUUUGACAAUGCAAACUUGUACAGAAGUCCUGCAAACCCAUCAUCAGAGCAAGAAAUAUGAUGGCUCCCCUUUGCAGAUGUCUCAAAUUAAACUUCGUAAAUCUGAGGGGCUUCAACGACUUAAUAAUUUUGACCCAAGACCUGCUCAAUAUAGAAAUACACGAGAGUAUAAUGAUCACUUCAGAAAUGUGUGGAUAAAUUCACAAGCAAAAGAUCUGCCAAUUCGGCAGUUAUAUGCACCUGCAAAUAUCUUUGCAGUGACUCAUGAUCAUGAUUACCUGGAACUAACUCAUGAAGAAUACUUUCUUAAGAGUCUUAAUGUUACCAACAUCACAGAGAACGAUCUAGAACAGGUUGAAGAAGCUACAAGGGGACAAAGCACAAACAAGUUUUGGAAGGAAGAAAGAAGAAAACGACUUCAUGCCUCCAACUUUGGCCGAAUAUGUAAGUCAGGGGUUAGAACAGACUUUGAAAAAAUGGCUAGGUCAUUGACAACUAUCUCAGAGUUUUCCAGUAAACCCACAGAUCAUGGGCUGAAGUAUGAAUCUGUAGCUGUGGAGGCUUACAGCAGUAAGACAGGUAAUUUGGUGAAAAGUUGUGGAAUCCAUGUGUGCAUGGAAAUCCCAUAUUUGGCAUGUUCACCAGAUGGCCUUGUUGAUGAUGAUAGGAUUAUUGAAGUGAAGUGUCCUUACACAUGUAAAGACAGUGCAGUAACUCCAACAAGUGUGCCCUAUUUAUUUAUGGACAGCUCUGGAAAAAUGGCAUUAAAACACAGUCACAACUAUUAUUACCAGGUACAGGGGAAUUUGUUGUGUACAAAAAGGAAAUGGUGUGAUUUUGUUGUGUGGACAACGAAAGAUAUGAAGAUCAUGCACAUCCCCCGAGAUGAUGAGUUUAUAAACGAACUCAAAAUCAGACUCCGGGAUUUCUUCGAACAGUUUUUCAAGGCAGCAUUGCUUGAAACUUUUCUGUACAGAGUUACUGACAAGUAUGACUUUUCCUAAGACAAAGGCAAAAGAAAACAUCACAGAAAAGAAGUCCUGGUUUCUUGAGCUUCAAAUGUUUUAGUCAUGGAGUGGACAUACAUGUACAUGUACUGUAGUUGUCACACUUUCAUUUAUUCUCUGCUAAUGACAAACAAAAUUCGUUAACCAGACCAAACGCAAGAACUGUUUUUCUUUUACUUGGAUUCAAUGGAAAACUUUUGAGACCAUCCCUUUUUUAGUGUUUGAUAUAUAACUGUCAUGUACAUGUAACAGUAUUAUAUUUUAUCUAAAGUGCAUGGCAUCAAACAUUCUAUAUAUGUAAAUGCCUUUGAUGGCCUGUUAUAAGUCAGGGUUCCUAGCAUUUCAUGAAAACAAAAUUCCCUGAUUUUCCCCUGUGUUUUAUCUGAUGAAUUUUCACAAUUCUAGAAUACUUAUUUUGACCUAUUUCCACACCAAAAAGCCACCAUAGCCAAUCAUUCAGUGGAUUGGCUGUUUGGACAUGAGACAUAAUAUAACAAACUGACCACUUUCUAUUUUGGGCCAAUCAAAUUCCCUGACCUUUCCCUGAUUUGAGGCAUUUUUUCUCAAAUUCCCUAUCUGGAAAAAGGGAAACUCAUUUUCCAGGUUUUCCCUGAUUUCCAGCAUGGCCAGGAACCCUGUAGAUACAUGUACAUGAAUCGUCUGCAAAGGGCCCUAUUAACUAGAAAUUAAUAGAAGAUAAAUAUAUUGAAAAUUAUUUACGAAAUGUAUGUCAACUUGACUAGUGACAUGUUUUAGCUCACAAAACUGUUGCAAUACAUGUACAUGUACAUUAGAUGCUCUGGGUACAAACUUACAGUGUUUCUAUUUGGUGAAAAACUAUAUCUUAUGUUGAUAACUUUUUCUCCUGCCAUGUGUGCACAAUAAAUUAUAAUUCAAUACAUACAUAUGUACAUUAGAUGCUCUGGGGUACAAACUUAGUGUUUUUAUUUAAAAUAAUAUUAUGUAUGUCAAUACCUUUUUUUCUUCGAACCUGUGCACAAUAAAUUAUAAUGCAAUACAUACAUAUGUAUGCUCUGGAAUACAAACCUACAGUGUUUAUAUUUAAUUUAAAAAUAUGUAUGUCAAUAACUUUUUUCUCCUGCCACGUGUGCUCAAUAAACUAUAAUUCAAUACAUGUAUACAUAUGUACAUUAGAUGCUCUGAGAUACAAACUUAGUGUUUUUAUUUAAUAAAAAAUUGUGUAUGUCAAUAACUUAUUUUCUUCGAACCUGUGCAAAAUAAAUUAUAAUGCAAUACAUACAUAUGUAUGCUCUGGAAUACAGACUUACAGUGUUUCUAUUUGGUGAAAAAAUAUCUCUAUGUCACUAACUUUUUUCUUCUGCCAUGUGUGCACAAUAAAUUAUAGUUCAAUACAUACAUACAUGUAUGUACAUUAGAUGCUCUGGGAUACAAAGUUAGUAUUUUUAUUUAAUGAAAAAAUAUGUAUGUCAAUAACUUAUGUUCUUCUAAC